CGUUUGCACCCGUAUACAUCAAGUCAAUCCAACCUACUAGCUAGUCGUGUGGGGAGGUAUAUCGCCUCAUUCGUCGGGAAAAAAGAGCCACCGUCAACCAGCUCGGGAGGGCCGAUACCAACCGGAACGUCGACCUAGUAGCAACUUUUGCUUCUUCGCGACUUCGGAAUUUAUCGCCGCACAUAUAUAGAGAUCGAAUCACCUGUGAACACCAUCGACCACCUCUCAAGCAUCCGCCAUCUAUCCAGCAACCAGCAGCCUCUGUGUCCCGGAAUUAUACAUAGCUCACCGACCCGAUACCAGCACUGGAAGACGCACGAGCACGAGCAUUGGGUCUACCGACAUCCGGUAGUCUCAAGGUCCGGAUCCCGAAUCUCUUGCGCGAUAUGGCUUCAUAUUCGAGCCGAGGAGGAAUCGAUGCUACGCGGCAGAUUCCAGAAUCGUUCGCCAGCCUUGAACAAUUCCUCUCGGGGGAGAUUCACAUUCUCAAAAUACCACAGCUCCAAUCAUUGAUCUCCUACCUCAACAACACAUAUGGCAUGUACAUCAAGAAGAACCUCAGGAAGCAAGAACUAGUCGACAGCAUUUCUGCCGCUUUUCGGGAUUUUCGAUUGAAAGGAGAGCUGGAACGUUACAAGGCUUCCAAGGCAGAGUUCAACAAGAUUGCUUAUCCUCCUAGACCUACUAUGGGAGCGAGUUAUAACGGAAACGUGGGGUAUCCUGGGACGAGUUACCCUGCGAGAGUUGCGGGGACUGGAUAUGGCGGAUCUUAUGCUUCGGGGUCGAGUGCUGCUUCUCCCAACGCGAGGACUCCGGGACCGUUCAUGUUGAAAUGGAAGACGACCCCGGCAUGGAAGGCGAUCAGGGCGGUAUCAGAUUCGAUGGUGGUGAACGCGGUCGAGGAUGAUUCGCAGAAGAAGAUGACCAAGACGAUCAGCUUUCAGCUGCCGGCCGGUAUGGGCGAAGAGGUCAAGGCUGAUCCCGUGAACGGCAGGAGGAAGGCUCUAAGACUCUUUUGCACAUCCUCGGAACACUUCCCUUCUGCCGACCCAAAUGGCGUUGUCUUUAUGGAUUUUCCCAACAACUAUGAAAUCACCCUCAACUCGACGCAUCUCAAGCUCAGCAAGGGACUCAAGGGAAAGGCCAACUCGACUGCGCCCGUUGACCUCAUGCAGGGUACGGCGAUGAACCUGACUACCGGAGUAUACAAUCUCAUCAACUUUACACAUACGGGACCUACGCUGAACAAGAAGACCAAGAUUGCCAAGAGCUUCCGGUUUCAGGUCUGUUUGACCGAGAUGAUGAGCUCGGCAGCUAUGAAAGAGCAGGUUAUGACUCGAAAAAAGACGGCGCAAGAAGUGGUGCAACAGAUGCAAGCCAAGGUCGACGAGGAUGAUAUCGAGGUUGGAUCCGCUAGGAUGUCGCUAAAGUGUCCGCUAUCGUAUACUCGAAUAACCAACCCUAUGCGAUCAGACCUGUGUACGCACGUCCAAUGUUGUGACCUGGACUCGUGGAUGAUGAUGAACGAAACGACGCCAUGCUGGACCUGCCCAACUUGUGACCGCGAAUUGACACUAGAGCAGAUAUUUGUCGACGAGUUCUUUGCUUCUAUCCUCUCAACGUGUCCGGAUAGCGUGGACGAAGUCUUGCUCGAAUCGAACGGAGAUUGGCACACGGAGGACGGCAAAUAUGGCUCGGCAUCAUGGAAGGCGGCCAACCCGAAUGUACCACCGCCGAGCGCGAGACUGCUUGCUGGGUCGAACCAGCCCUCACGAACAGCUACUCCAGAGGUCAGGGUCAAGGUCGACUCGCCCGCUGUGGGCGGUCCGUCGGCACCUGCAAACGGGGGCUCGUCCACUCCAGCUCCCGCUCCUGCGGCGGGACCGAUCGAGAUCUUCGAGUUGUCGGAUUCGGAUGACGAUGAUGUGCAUGUGCCGUUGAAACGUGCCGCAUCGGUGCAUCGCCGCUCCGAGUCGGCGCUCGACGCUUUGACAUCAUCGGUCCCACCUCCUUCGGCCACGCCUGAUCCGAUCAGUGGAAAGGACGAGGAACACGCUAUCGAAAUCGACGACUCUGAUGACGAUGACGAGGUCGUACCCAUGAGCACGAACGCAAAGAGACCGACGUCUGAAAACGACUCUGGUACUAACGGCACGACCCGUGAUAACCGCGACGACCAGAACGGCAAACGUGCCAGGGAGACGUCCCCUAGCAGAGACCAGGGUAUCUACAAACGAACCAGGACCGACACACACCAAGCCCUGCCUGAGCUGCCACCAUUCCUAUCACCUUGGGAAUCACAUAGUCCGAUCGCGAGAUUCGACUGGAGCCCAUUGAACGAAUCUGUACCACCCCGUAGUGCUGGUCCGUCAUCCGAUCCUCAAUCGUCUGGCGGCUUGCGAUCCGUGCCUCUCCCAUCCAUGGCUUCGUCAUCUAGACCGACGCAACCCGACAAUGAUACGAUCCACGUCAAGCCUUACCGACCAGCUCAUCAUAGCCGUCCUUCAAAUGUCGCUACUGGCUCCAAUGGCUAUGGCAGCUAUGCCAGGCCCGAUGAUGCUGGACAAGAAGCGCGCUACAAACUGCCGUCAGCGCAUGGCACCUAUCCGCCUCUCUCCAAUGGCCAUGCCAAGACGGCAGUGGUACCUUCGAAACCGCAACUUCCACCGUCAUCGUCGUACAGCAAACCAUGAAGAUGGGAUCGAUGAUGUUCCUCAUAUGGUCUCAGCCUGGAGUAUUCCCAGCAAAGACACCUAGACGCAGCGUGGACAAGACCACGGCUCGGAUAUCGCUUGUACCCUCAGACUGGUUUGCGUCAACGAUGUGCUCAGCGAGGUUGCGGGCCUCGGAGUCAUUACAGCUACUAUCCUCUUCCCCUCGGAAGCGUCAUAUAAUGAAUUUCAAGAGCAUGGCAAACGUGCGCGAACAUGUAAUAUCGGUUGUAACGAUUAGACGAAGACGAACUAUGUCAUACGAAAUUGGAA